AACCCUCCUUCUUCCUUACUAGAAAGGAAAAAUACAAACUCUCCUCUUCAGGUCUCAUAUCUCCAAAAUCCAUGGCUUCUCCCACACUCAUCACCCCCACUACCAAACCCAAACCCCUCUUUCUGAUCAAAUCCAAACUCCCCACCACCACCACCAAUGCUGCACCACCACCAACCCCACAACCCCGCCGCAGAGAACUCAUCGCCGUCACCGCCGGAGUCCUCUCCCAUGCACUGCUCCUCCCAGUUGCACCCCAAGCAGUCGCCGCCAACGACGAGGAGUAUGUAAAAGAGACGGCGGACGUGAUUAACAAAGUGAGAACCACCAUCAACAUGGACAAGACCGACCCCGAUGUGGCGACUGCGGUGGCCGACCUAAGAGACGCCUCCAAUUCAUGGGUGGCGAAGUACAGGAGAGAGAAGGCUCUACUGGGCCGACCGUCUUUCCGGGACAUGUACUCCGCCCUCAACGCCGUCUCCGGCCAUUACAUCAGCUUCGGUCCGACGGCUCCCAUUCCGGCGAAGCGCAAGGCCAGAAUAUUGGAGGAGAUGGACACAGCCGAGAAGGCUCUGCUCAGAGGUAGAUGAAGGUGGAGGGAACCCCUUUUUUGGUUCCUCUUUUAGGAGUGAAAUAAAUUUUAAUUUUUGUGAAAUUUGAGAUUACAAAUGAGGUUCAGUUUGUGAAUUAUGAGGUGAGAUAUCUGAAUUGAUCUUAUCUAUCAGUAAUCUCUAAUGCAUAUGAUGUUUAUAAAUUUUAUAAACAUCUUGUUCUUGGAUUAA